CACCUCACUCAUCAUGCUGCCCCCGCCGCUCAACUUUCCCAAGUGGCUCGAGGAGAAUGCGGCGCUGCUCAAGCCGCCAGUCGGCAACAAGUGCAUGUACAAGGGCGACAACUUCAUCGUCAUGAUUGUCGGCGGGCCCAACACGCGCGUCGACUUCCACAUCAACGGCACCGAGGAGUGGUUCUACCAGUACAAGGGGAGCAUGGUGCUCAAGGUGGUGGAUGAGGGUGUGAUCCGGGACAUUGUCAUCAACGAGGGCGACUUUUUCCUGCUUCCUGCCAACGUGCCCCACUCGCCCCGCCGCGUGGCGGACACGAUCGGCGUCGUGAUGGAGAUGGUGCGCCCCGGCGAUGCGCUGGACACAAUGCGCUGGUACUGCCCCAACAAGGCGGCGCACGGCGACGCGCUCGUCCAGAUCCGCCAGGUGCAGUUCUACUGCUCCGACCUCGACACGCAGCUCAAGCCUGUUAUUACCAAGUGGAUGGAGGACGCAGAGUGGCGCGUCUGCCCCGAGUGCGGGGAGACUGCGCCGCCCAAGUAGGAGACAUAGAGUGGGAGUGUAUUAAUAUGUGAGAGGGUUGAGGCCGG